GCAGGGCGAAGGCGAAUGAAGAACACAGAAUUCUAAUCCUCUGAAGCAGGAAACCUGCAAAUCUCUGCUGAGAUGAUGAUGUGUGGACGCAGCCUGCUCCCUGCCCUGUGCACAUUCCUGCUCCUUCACACAGUGGUCUGUCAGAAAUGCCCAGCACAGUGUGGAACGUGCCCGGAGGAACCGCCAAACUGUGCUCCCGAUGUGCCAGUUGUGCUGGACGGCUGUGCCUGCUGUCCAGUGUGUGCCAGGCAGCAAGAAGAGAUCUGCUCCGAGGUGCUGCCAUGUCAAGAGGACCUGGGCUUGUACUGUGACUUCAGUGCAGAGCCACAGAGUGACGUGGGCAUAUGCAGGGCACUGGAAGGAGGUAAAUGCAUGUUCAACGGGGCCCUGUACAACAACGGCGAAAGCUUCCAACCGAGCUGCAAAUACCACUGUAGAUGUCAGGAUGGACAGAUUGGAUGUGUUCCUAGAUGUAACCUGGACCUACAGCUCCCAGGGCCUGAUUGUCCCUUCCCAAGAAAAGUAACCGUCCCCGGGGAAUGCUGUGAGAAGUGGGUGUGCGACUCGAAAGAAGAAGUGGCCUUCGGAGGCUUCGCUAUGGCUGCUUAUAGACCUGAGGCCACGUUUGGAGUAGAUAUGGGCGCCAACUGUAUAGAGCAGACGACGGAGUGGAGCGCGUGCUCUAAGACGUGUGGCAUGGGACACUCAUACAGGGUGACGAAUCGUAAUCGCCGCUGUGAAAUGCAGAAACAGAUCCGCCUGUGUAUAGUGCGACCAUGUGAUGAAGAGACCGAGGGACUCAUAGAAAAGAAGGGGAAAAGAUGCGUGAGAGUGAAGAAAUCCGAGAAAGCCAUCCAUUUUGAAGAUAACAACUGUGUCAGUGUACACAGCUACAAACCCAAAUUCUGUGGUGGAUGCACUGAUGGGCGAUGCUGCACCCCCCACAGCACUAGGACUGCCCAGGUGGAGUUCCUCUGUCCUAAUUACAGAAUAAUGAAGAAACCAGUGAUGUUCAUUAACACAUGCGUCUGUCAUAAUAACUGUCCCCGGGACACCAGCCUCCUCCAGAUUGACAACGCCAAGUUCCCCAGCCCGAGAAGAUAUUAGUUUUUACUUAUUAUGGGACUUUAAGGUCGAUCUUCACAGCAGUAUUUGCACCCUUGUGGUGUGAUUAUUAUUUCCCACCUUUGCAGACUCAGUAGUUCAGUUACUUAUUUUCUCACUGCCUUGUAUGUUCCGCAGGAUGUGUCGUUUCCUUUGCACCAUGACUUUUAUUACCUAUGGCUUCAUGUGCUAUAGUGGUGACAGAAGUUGCACCUGCCGUACAGUACAGUGCCCCUCCAGGCUGCACAGACUUGUUUUAGGCCCCUCGCACAUGAACGUUGUGCAUUGGGGACCGCAAUUUGCAG